UGUCGGCGUCAAUUCUCCCGUUACCUCUGUCCUCGAUGCAAUAUCCCCUAUUGCUCUCUGACGUGCUUUCGCUCCGAGUUGCAUUCGCAAUGCUCGGAAGGAUUCUACAAGACCCAACUCGAGAGCGAUAUCAAUUCUUCACAGUCAAAUUCUAUAGAGGAACGGUUGCAAAUGAUGAACCUUUUGAAGCGGUUCGAAGAAGAGAACGCGGAAUCUGACCCACUUCGAGACGAUGAUGAGGACGAAUCCGAUGAGGAUGACUUGCAACACCGACUGGCUGGGAUGAACCUAGACGAAGUGACAGAAGAGCAGCUUUGGUCUAUUCUAACACCGGCCGAACGCGAUAAAUUUACCGCUGCUGUGCGCGAUCCAGCAUCAAGCCUGGCCCAGACAUUACUCGAGAGUCAAGAGAUCGACAACGACAUUACACGGCCUUGGUGGGAAGCACCGUCAGACGUGACAUCUCAAGGUGAUAUCAGUAGAGCACACAGCAGAAUCGAUCAGAAAUUCGGACACAGUCCACAACUGAUGCCCGUGCCACCGUCCAUGAUCCCGAUAUCGAAAGGUCCUGUGCCGGCCUUCCCACUUGCCUUCAACUUGACGGCUAUUUUACUGGCUUACUCCUUCAUCACUCGCCACUUCGCUGCGUCUCCUCUGUCGGGACUUACUGGCACGCCUCGCGACGCGGAAGCAGCGCGGAAUAUGAUCUGGCGUCUUGUCCCAUUGCUCACUGAAAAACGGUCGGCUGUAAAACUCGACACAUUGUCUGCUGCUAUCACGGAUGUCUGGUCGCGCUUUGAGGCGGGCAUUAUGACACCGGCUCUUUUUGCACUUUUACUGCGGGAUACUGCGAUACUUCUACGACCUCGACAUGUAUCCUUACUCUCGCCUGGGGAGAAUCAGUUCGACAUACCAUCUUCAGAUUUCUCUUCAGAACCAUGCGUUUCUACACUUCUCGCCCUCUCUGACCUCCACGCGCUAUUUCAAUCAUCCUCCCCAUCUACUACACCAUCGAAGAAGACAGCCGAAGGUCCUUCUAAACCAUCAAAUAAAUCACGUCGAGAACAUGUGCCCCAGAAAUUGCUUUUCUAUGCUGGACAGGUGUUAGGCACGCCUCCGGCAUUACUGGAGAUGCUUGUUGCGGAAGUAGAGGCCAGAUCACAGAAGAUGGAGGAAGAAGGGUCGAUGGCCUCAGGCGAUGCUUUCGCGAAAAGGUCUGGUAGUGUUGCUGAUCCGUCGAGCAAACCAUUGGGAGAACGGAAAGUACUUGUAGAGGAGAUCGCUUGA